AUGACUGGAGCUGAAAGAUUCAUCCUGAUUGGCUGUCUGCUGCAAGGGGCCCUGAGCAGUGAGUGGGCAGUCUGGAUGCCUCAGAGUAUUGAAGCUCUGAGUGGAUCCUGUGUGCUGAUUCCCUGCAGAUUUCAGCUUAAGUCUGGGUGGGACAGAGACUUACACCGUCCUGCUGGAGUAUGGAUGAAAGGCGGGACGAAUAGGAAUGGGGACACAGUGAUCGAUUCCAGCCGGACUCGGAAUCGUAUUCAAGGAGGGAUAACUGGAGACUUGCUGAAGAAAAACUGCACCACAGUUCUGAACAACAUCCCAGCAGAUUACAGUGAUAAAUACUUCUUCAGACUGGAGUGCCCCACUGCUCUCAAAUGGACUUUUCAACCAUCUGUCCAGAUUAAUGUCAGAGACUCUCCAUCUAAACCCAAGUUAACCCCAGUGAAGGUGGAGGUGACAGAAGGGAUCUCUGUGAGUUUGACCUGCUCUGCUGCAGCCCCCUGUCCCAAACUCCCCCCAACUCUGACAUGGACCCCCAGACUGAAUGACAGUGUGGAUCAACUGCAGGAGAAUGAGGAUCAAACCAAAUCUGUGUCUUCUGUUCUGACCUUCACUGCUUCACACCUCCUCCAUGGGCAGAAGAUCAGUUGCACUGCACUUUACAAACUGCAGCAAGGAGACGGAGAGAAGAAGUCUGAACAGAGUCUGACUUUCAGCGUUCUGUAUUCUCCAAAGAACACCUCUGCCUCAGUGAGUGCCUCUGGGUCAGUGAUGCUGGGCAGCUCUGUGACUCUGACCUGCAGCAGUAAUGCCAACCCACCAGUGCAGAAUUACACCUGGUAUAAAGUGGAUGGGACAGAGAUGCAGACUGUAGGGUCUGGACAGAAUCUCACCUUCAAUGAGACUGAGCCCAGUGACAGUGGACAGUACUACUGUGAAGCACAGACUGACCAUGGCAUGGAGAACUCAACAACAGUCAGUCUAGAUGUAAAGUAUUCUCCAAAGAACACUUCUGCCUCACUGAGUCCCUCUGGGUCAGUGAUGCUGGGCAGCUCUGUGACUCUGACCUGCAGCAGUAAUGCCAACCCACCAGUGCAGAGCUACACCUGGUAUAAAGUGGAUGGGACAGAGAUGCAGACUGUAGGGUCUGGACAGAAUCUCACCUUCAAUGAGACUGAGUCCAGUGACAGUGGACAGUACUACUGUGAAGCACAGAAUGACCAUGGCAUGGAGAACUCAACAACAGUCAGUCUGGAUGUAAAGUACCUGCCUCAGAUCUCUGCCUCCCAGAGCUGCAUCAUAAGUGCAGCAGGGAUCAGCUGCUCCUGUGAGAGCCGUGGGAAUCCCUCUCCCAGCAUGGAGUGGCGUGUGUCUGGAGUGCGGGUCACUAACUCUACUGACAGAGUCAUCAGGGAGGAGCAGCUGGGGAGCGCUGGCCUGAGGAGCUCCCUCACCAUGCACCACUCACAGAGAGACACGCCCACUCUUCUCUGCCUCAGCACCAACACUCUCGGCUCCUCCAGCCUCCAGCUCCACCUCCCGUGUCCAGAGACUCACUCAGGUGAGAGCUGA